AUGUGGUCGUGCAUUCGAGACUUCUUCACCUACGAGACCACCAAGUCGGUGGUGGUGAAGAGCUGGACCAUCGGCAUCAUCAACAGAGUUGUGCAGCUCCUCGUCAUCGCCUACUUCAUUGGCUGGGUGUUUGUCCACGAGAAGGCCUACCAGGUGAGGGACACGGCGAUAGAGUCCUCGGUGAUGACCAAGGUCAAAGGGUUUGGGAUCUAUAACGACAAGGUCAUGGACGUCGCCGACUACGUCACGCCGACACAGGGGGCUUCGGUCUUCUGCGUCAUCACCAAGCUGAUCACCACUGAGAACCAAGUGCAGGGGUACUGCCCUGAGGUCAGCGCUACUGGAUUGUCCCCUCUGGUUUUCUUCUCGUGAAGGUUUGCCAAGUACUACAAGAUGGAGAACGGGACGGACUACCGGACGCUGGUCAAGGCCUACGCCAUCAGGUUCGACGUGUUGGUCAACGGAAACGCAGGGAAGUUCAACAUGAUCCCAACGCUCAUCAACAUGGUGGCGGCUUUUACCUCAGUUGGAGUUGGCACGGUGCUGUGUGACAUCAUAUUGCUGAACUUCCUGAAAGGGGCGGAGCAAUACAAGGCCAAGAAAUUUGAAGAGGUUUCAGCCACCCGCACCGAUUCCCACAGAAACGGGCUCUACCGCUCCCACCUGUCAAUCAGACACGACGAGAUCCUGUCCAGCGACUCAGGGGCCUUCUCUAUUGGUCGGUAUGAUUAG